UUUCGGAAUUUGGUUUUUGUAAUCGCCAUUUGAAGAAAUGUUCCCGUCGAGUCUAGUGCAAUACGAGAAUCCACAAAUGGUGCUACACCACUCUACAAAAGCUGCCAUUGAGGCCAAUAAGGAGAAGGCGAAAAAAAUGAUUCUAAUGAGCAUUGACGAGUUGAUGGCCGAGGGAAAUGCAGACGUAUUGGACAUGCUUGAUGUCUUACUGCCGCCUAGGAUCAUGAAAGCCGACAAAGAUAAUACUUACUGGUACCAGAAAGUCUCCAGGGCGUCUGCCUCUUCAAGUGACGUGAUGCGCCUCCAAGAGCGCCUGGAUGAGGAGCUCCAGAAACGUGGCGCCCGAGAGAUCGGUCCAUGUGACGUCCGUCGUGAAUUGUAUGACCAGUGCUUCGACGAGCUGAUCCGUCAGGAAUGUGUGGUAUGUCCAGAACGUGGCCGCCUCUUGAGAAUGGUGAGGAGGGAGAACCAAGUGUCCAUCGAUUCCCUCAUCAGCUGCUACGAAAGCUCCCUCGCUUAUGGCCUGAAGAAGAGGCUGUCGAGUGCGGACUGUGUGAAUCGGCUCACCCGCGAUAUCACGAACCUACUGUCAGAGAGUGCUCGGUUGAGUGACAUCAUCUGUGACCUGCAGCCGAAAGUGGCGCAAGUUAAGAAGCAGACAGCAUCUUGCGAGGUUCAGAAGCGAAAGGAGUUCGAUGCUGCAGAAAAGAAAUUGAGGGACGAGAACGAGUCCGUCUUGGCACAUCUAAUGCAAAGCAUCGCAGUAAGCAUUGAAGAAGAAACCUGAAUGUUUCUAUUUUUGGCUUUCUAGAACAGGCUGGAGAUGCAUAUCCUCACUUCUGCAGUAUUCUCAGAUUGAUUUAUUGAAGAAUACGAAAUACGUGAAUGAAUAUAAAAGAAAAAUAAAUAAAUAAAUAAAAUAAACUUGUUCAUUUUAAUAUUAAAUAAAAUGUUCUAGA